AUGAAAGGAGCAUUUUACCAUAGCAGUUUUAGGAAGAUUGAGAAUUUAUUAACGGAUGCAAGCAUUAAAAGAAAUGUUUCAGUAUUAAGGAGCCUCAGUCAAGUAGAAAAAUUCGAUAGAGUACUACAAGUAAUUAACAUUCAUCUAUCUAUCUAUCUAUCUAUCUAUCUAUCUAUCUAUCUAUCUAUCUAUCUCACUUCAUUCUCUGUCUGUUUGACGAUCUAUCUAUCUAUCUAUCUAUCUAUGUCAAUUCAUUAUCUAUCUAUCUAUCUAUCUAUCUAUCUAUCUAUCUAUCUAUGUCCUUUCAUUAUCUAUCUAUCUAUCUAUCUAUCUAUCUAUCUAUCUAUCUAUCUAUGUCCUUUCAUUCUCUAUCAAUCUACCAAGCUAUCUAGCUAUACCCUUUCAUUAUCUAUCUUUAUUUUCUUUUCUUUUAUUAAUUUUUUCACUCCAAGCAAAUUGGGAAUACCACUGGUACGCAGGGUUUUACAGAGAGUGAGUGCGGGAGAAUAG